UGUUUGAGAAAUUAUGCCAUUCUUUAUGUGAAACAAUCCCGACAAUUGAGGGCGAAACAUUCCUCUACACUUAAUGAAAUGUCCUGCGACUGUGGACCCAAGAAUACGUGAAUGGCACCAUUGUUACAAGCAUUCGAACGCUGACACGAUUGCCCCUGAAUUCAUACACUUCCAGCGUGCGUCACCGAGCCGGUUGUGUUUUUUUCCGGGUGCUAGUGAGCCCACGCGCUCACUCCGGUAGGGCGCAGAGAUGCUCGCGAUGGCGAUGCCGUGGUUGUUCGUGCUGGAGCUCGUGAUGUACGCAGGUUGCUUCGUCUGUGGUAUCAUCGCCGCCGCCUUGCUGACGAUCACGCAGGGUCAUUUCUCCGGGCAGUGUCUGCUCUAUGGUAGCGUGCACUACAACACGUCCACGCAGAGCCUGGACCCCGACACGUUCAGCUCCCCCUCACUCUGCUACUUCAUAGCGGCCAUCUCCAUCAGCGUGGCCAUCUGCUGCUUCUCCUUCAUCCUGUACUGGGCCUACAGCAAGUGCAUGGGGGACCGACUCCAACGGGAGACGCUUUGGCUGAACGUGACGCUGGGGGUGUGCGGGGUCUUCCUCUUCUUCCUGCUGGUGUCCGGCUGCAUCCUGAGGGUCGGCCGCGACCGCCUGUGUCUGUCCGUCCUGCAGAGCAUGCCCCUGCUCGACAGCUGUGAGCAGGCGGAGAACGAAACCUGGGCCUAUCCCUACAGCGGGAGUCAGUUUUACACAGGACUGCACAACACUGAGAAGUCAGUGUGGGUGAACUUCUUCUUCUGGGUGGUGAUUGUUGCCGUGGUGACCGUGCAGAGGCGGUGGGGGUCAGAGUUCAGGGUGGUGGGGGAGGAUGCAGACUGGAGCUCGUCUGAGACAGAGCCCUUCUUCCACCGCCCGUCCCGUCCGCAGUGACCCAAAAACUACACCACCCCUGUCACCACGCCCUGACCACGCCCUGACCACACCCUGACCACACCCUGUCCACGCCCUGACCACACCCUGACCACAUCAUGCCAUAUGACACUGUACUACAGGAGAGCCAGUGACUAUUUAACACCCUACAGACCACACAAUACUACAGGAGAGCCAGCCAGUGUCUAUUUAACACACUACAGACCACACAGUACUACAGGAGAGCCAGCCAGUGUCUAUUUUACACCCUACAGACCACACAGUACUACAGGAGAGCCAGCCAGUGUCUAUUUUACACCCUACAGACCACACAGCACUACAGGAGAGGCAGUGACUAUUUUACACCCUACAGACCACACAGUACUACAGGAGAGCCAGCCAGUGUCUAUUUUGCAUCCUACAGACCACACAGCACUACAGGAGAGCCAGUGACUAUUUUACACCCUACAGACCACACAGUACUACAGGAGAGCCAGCCAGUGUCUAUUUUGCAUCCUACAGACCACACAGCACUACAGGAGAGCCAGUGACUAAUUUACACACUACAGGCCACACAGUACUACAGGAGAGCCAGUGACUAUUUUACACCCUACAGACCACACAGUACUAAAGGAGAGCCAGUGACUAUUUAACACCCUACAGACCACACAGUACUACAGGAGAGAGCCAGCAGUGAUAUUGUCUCUCUGUUGUUGGGAUAAGCCAAAUCAGCUCCUGAGCGAACUCAGCCAAACUAACCCCCCCCCCCCCCACCCCUGCAAGAGCUCCUGUACCCCUCAGAUCUUGAUGCUGGAGCCUCCCUGUCACGUUCGGUUUGUGAGUCAGCCAAUGUCAGUUGUGUGAUUUAUCAGCUAUAAGGAGCUUUCUUUGUCCUUAUGGGACUCUGCUGGGCUCCUGCUAGCUAAUGAGAUCACUCAUUGGCUUUAAUUUGUCACAUGACCCUGUCUUUUCUCUUGGGGGUGUCAUGUGGCCCGUGUAUUGUCCUUGAGAGUCAUGUGAUGCUGUCCAUAAUCUGUCUCAGCACUUCAGCAUGUUGCCAAAAGCUGAAUAAAAAAAGCAUUAUGUCAUGUGCCGAGGAGGCUGGGUGGAUUUCUGCUCCAGAACUCCAUUUUUUAUUCUUUUGACCUUUGUGCAUAUAUACUUUGGUCUAUCUUAGUUUUUAUUUUUCCAGUUUAGCGGUUAUCACAGAAAACAUGCGGACAUAUUACGAAUAAAAAAAGACCAUUAAAAAUGUAA